CCUCACAUGUUUUUCAGAAGGUUCAUUUUUUCAGCAAGAGAUUCAAGAAAAACCACAAAAGUCCACUAACUACCCAUUCAAUAUCUCAUGUUCAAUUGAAUUGGAUGUGACUGAUCUAGUACAGUGUAGUCUAGCUUCUUGUCAUUCGAUUUGGGCAAAGACAGUGGUCUGGCGUCUUGUUGUCGAAAAGGGUUAGAUAACUAGAAAAUGGUGAGGACUCGUACAUUGCAGUUUGCUGCGAUGUAUGGAGGUGUCAUUGUCCUAGGCACUGGUAUUGGUCUCAUGGAAAAAAUUCAGUAUGACAUGAGGAAGACUGAUUAUUAUCAGAAGUCACUGAGGAUUUUGCAUGGCUACAAAGCUGCUAUGGACCUGCUGGGUGAACCUUUAAGUGCUAAGCGAUUAAAUUUGGCAGGCCGCGGACCAAAUAAAGUAGAUAGAGUCAAGGGAACUGCUGAGCUUUUGAUCCCGGUCAAGGGAAGCAAGGACUCCGGGUCACUCUAUGCUUGGGCAACACGAAUCAAGCCAGUUGAUCAAGAUAAAGACGAUAGUUGGCAAAUUGACAAGUGUGAGAUUGAAAUUGACAGUAUUAAAAGAAAGUGGAAAUUCUUUGAAAGACAUGGUUGUGACAAUACUUGCAAUAAGGAAACGUCUAUACCUGAUAGUGAUGAUGCUGAAACUAUUGUUGAUAAGGAAUUAUUUUAUUUGAAAUCUAGUUGAUGUGACUUUUGUUGCAUCAUGAUUUGGUUACUGGAGGCAGGUACAACAAGUUGCUGGUGCUGUUGAAUGUCCUAAAGUCUAAGGCAAGGUUAGGGUCCUCCUGUCCUCGGCAUUUUCAGGAAAGAUUUACCAGGAAGACCUAGACUACUUAAAAUGUCUGAAAAGUUGUUAGGGAUAAAACAUUGCUGUGCUCAGUGUCUUGAUAUCGAGUUGUCCUCCAAAGAGAGGUGCAAGGGAUAUCCUGUUCAGCACAAGAAGACUUGUGUAUGUCUUUAUACAUAUUUGAUUGCUUGUAUGAUACUGUGCAGGAAUAAAUGUGACUGAUCCUGCAAAA